AUGCUGGCAUGUAUGGGGUUCUUGAUCACUAUGCUUGCUGAUUGUGUUGUUUCUUAUGUGUAUGGUAAGCAGGAGGGUAGUACUACUGACCCAGAAGUUCUAGGAAAGGAAGAGGCUCACAAGGGCCAUGAUACUCACCACAUUGCGGCGGUUGGUUCAUUCAGGGACACAAUUCUGUUGAUCGUAGCCUUGUGCUUCCACUCUUUCUUUGAGGGGAUUGCAAUUGGGAUUGCCAAGACAAAACUGGAUGCUUGGAAAGCCUUGUGGACAGUGUGUGUGCACAAAAUCAUUGCAGCUAUUGCCAUGAGCAUUGCCCUUCUACGCAUGAUUCCAAAUCGGCCAUUCAUAUCAUGCAUGGCAUAUGCUUUUGUAUUUGCCAUUUCCAGUCCAGUUGGUGUAGGAGUUGGGAUCAUAAUAGACGCCAAAACCCAAGGUGCCACAGCAGAUUGGAUGUUUGCUAUUUCUACGGCUUUGGCUUGUGGAGUGUUCAUCUAUGUGUCGAUAAAUCAUUUGCUUUCGAAAGGUUACACAGCUCAAAAUGCAGUCUCUGUUGAUAAACCCCACUACAAGUUUUUGGCUGUUGUUUUUGGUGUUGGGAUGAUCUCUGUUGCCAUGAUCUGGGACUAAGUUCACAUUCCCCCACCAGAAUCAACUCUCUCUCUGUUCUUCAUUGUAAUUAGUUUUGUGCAAUGAUGUAGAUCUAUUGGAAA